AUCUCCUAUGGCCCUUCUCAGCCUCAUUGAACAUCCUUAUUUGAUCACAAUUUGCAUAUAAAAUCCUAUAUUGGUGUUUCAGCCACUCUCACAACUCUCCCCACAAAGCUAUUCAUUCAUAAGAUGGGGGGCUGUGCGGGGAAGCCCAAGCACUCUGAUGUCCACAAGGAGUCAAUCCCCACUGAGGAUCCUGCCCAUGCCAACAAGGCUGAGGGCGAGGCUAUUCCUCAGGAGAGCCAAAAUGGAGGUGAGAGUCAGAAAGAAGCACCAUUGGUAGACCUCUCUAACCCAAAGGAAGAAGAAACAAAGGAGAAGGCCUCUGAACCAAAGACUGAUGAAGCAGUACCAGUUUCCGUGGAGGCAGGUAAAGAGACUGCCAAGACAACUGAGGGCAAAGUUGAAGUCCCUGCUGCUAACAACUCAGAGGAAAAGAAGGUUAAGGCUGGUGAUGAGACCAAAAAGCCAGUAGAGGGGCAAGCUGAGGCCAAUGUCCAAAAACCAGAUGCUAAUAAUAAGAGUGAUGCACCUCUUGCCACUGUAUGAUGGCAUUUUAGAGUUACUGUAUCCAUCAAAAACCAUUAUGUGCAAGAGAAGUAUCACAAUGAUUGAUUUGAGCUGGUUUGUUGGGACUAAAUUUAAAAUGACCUGGACCAACUGAAAAUUCAUUUUUUUUAUUUAUGUCAUGUAGCAGUUUUUAUGUUUUAUAAAAAAUAUAUAUCCUAUGCAAAAGAAGAUUAGGAUGAUUUGCCAUUA